AUGACAUUGCCUCCUGGUUUUGAUAAAGACAGACAAAGCAUUGUUUAUGCACUUGAGGAAGAAAAGUUUGAAGAAGCAUGGAGCCAAUUAAUAUCUUCUUAUGAUGUCCACAACAAUCCAUGGUUGACUUCCAUGUAUAAUAUCAAGGAGAAAUGGGCUUGGUGCUAUGUAAAGAAUGCUUGCAAGCUAGGCAUGAGAAGUACACAGCUUAGUGAAAGUGUGAAUGCUGAUGUAAAAAGAUGCACAACUCCAAAUUUAAAUAUCAAUGAAUUCUUUACCACUUUUGACAAAGUUGUUUCAGAGAAGCGAGACAAGGAAUUGAAACUUGAGUUUGAUUCCAGGCAAAAAAUUCCUAGGAUGGUCAAUCAGAGUGCGCCUAUAUUGCGUCAACUUGUGCUAACUUAUACCCCCAAUGCAUUUGACAUCUUCCAAGCACAAUGGGAUCUCCAAUUCUCUGUGAUGUUAAUUCAACGUGAUGAAGAGGGACCAUUAUACAUAUACAUUGCCCACAUGAUUGAUGAAGAAGGGGAAUGGAGAAUUGAGUUUAAACCUGAUACACAUGAAAUAUCUUGCACUUGUAGAAUGUUUGAGACCACUAGGAUAUUGUGUUGUCAUGCAUUGAAGGUGUAUGAGUCAAAUGAUGUGAGAAUUAUGCCUGAGCAAUACAUUAUUAAGCGAUGGACCAGGGAAGCAAGGAGUGGUGUUGUGUAUGAUGUUAGGGGGAGUGAGAUACAAAGAGAUCCUAAACUUGAAAUCACAUGA